UUCCACGGAGAUCCUUCCUACACCUGCAGGCGGUCCAAAAGGGCGUGGUGAAAUCAGUGAGCUGAAAAGCUCUCCUGCUACUGCCGGCCGCUACGGGAUCAACCUUUUCAGUUCUCACUGUCACGGUCCGCGGCCGUAGUCCCGAGCGCGCAGGACCAGCUUCGGCUGCUUGUUUCCUCCCCCCUUCCCUUCCACCACGCCAGCGGCAGUGCCAGUGCCAGUGCCGGUGGAUCCUCGCUCCGCCUCCGCUGCAGAGGUGACAGUGGGAUAUAAUGUGCGGCCCGGCGGUCUGCUUCUAGGACGAAUUUGGGAGAAAUAUGAAGCCAAACAUGUUUGGUUUUUCGCGCCGCCGAAUGAAGCUUGGAAGGUCGAAGGGAAACAAGAGUGAUCCUUUGCAUGGCUCUAGGAGCCCUGGGGGGCACCUCAGCCUGUCAAAUGGUGGUGACCCAAUCACAGCAUCGGUGAGUGGCCGUGCAGAUGACCUUGCUUACCGCUGCUCGUCUGAUUCAUUUGAUCUCGAUGCCCGUGCAUUGGAUAGCUCAGAGAAUUGGGCAGUGUUGUCCACAGAGGGCGACAAACCUGCUCCUCGUUUCUCUCACGCGGCAGCCAUUGUAGGCAGCAAGAUGGUAGUUUUUGGUGGUGAUUCUGGUCAGCACUUGUUGGAUGAUACAAAGAUAUUGAAUCUGGAGAAGCUUACAUGGGAUUCUACCACUCCGAAAGUUCUUCCAUCGCCAAUUCGAUCUACUUUCAAGUUACCAGCCUGCAAAGGUCAUUGUAUGGUUUCUUGGGGGAAUAGCGUUAUUCUUGUUGGAGGCAGAAGUGAGCCUGCUACUGAUUGUUUAUCAGUUUGGGUUUUCAAUACUGAAACGGAAAUUUGGUCAUUGAUGGAAGCCAAGGGUGAUAUCCCUGCAGCUCGAAGCGGCCACACAGUGACCAGGGCAGGCGCUACGUUGAUACUUUUUGGUGGUGAGGAUGCAAAAGGAAAGAAGCGACAUGAUCUUCAUAUGUUCGAUCUCAAGUCAUCAACAUGGCUUCCUUUGAACUAUAAAGGCGCCGGACCUUCUCCUAGAUCCAAUCAUGUUGCUGCAUUGUAUGAUGAUAGGAUCCUUUUAAUAUUUGGAGGCCACUCAAAAUCCAAGACCUUGAAUGAUCUAUUUUCUUUAGAUUUUGAGACAAUGGUAUGGUCAAGGGUGAAGACAAAUGGUCCUCACCCAUCGCCUCGAGCAGGUUGUAGUGGAGCUCUAUGUGGAACCAAGUGGUACAUUACUGGUGGUGGAAGCAAGAAGAAACGACAAGCGGAAACCUGGGUUUUUGAUAUUUUAGAAUCGAAGUGGACUGUUCGUGCAGUACCGCCUAGUUCCUCGAUUACUACAAAGAAAGGUUUCAGCAUGGUUCCUUUGUACCACAGGGACAAGAUCGUUCUUGUUGCUUUUGGAGGGAACAAAAAAGAUCCAUCCGACAAGGUUGAAGUAUUAGUGGUGCUGCAAAACGACCAUUCUUUUAGCUGGCGGUCUGCCCCAGAUGUAGACCCAUUGCUGUAUGAGUAUUCUCCAAGCACCAAAGAGCUUGCCGGCCAUCUCAACAAAUGUGCUCCCUUGUACUCUAAUAGUUCGGUUGCAAGGCACAGUCUCGCCUCUACAGUCGAGCGUGCGUCUAGAGAGGAGCAUGGAGCUCUGGGCACUUCGCUCCACAGGAAGUAUGGUCAAGUAGAAGACUGCAGCUUAGCCCAAAAGCUUGAGAAACUGAUCGAUGAUGACAAAUACGAUGAUGUCGAUGAUUGUUCUUCAUGUCCAGCAAGCACCCCGAAAGAUCAUCGGAGCAAGAGGGCAGGGGCCGAUACUCAGGCCGACAUGGCCAGAACGGUAGCCGUCAAGGAAGAAAAUUCAGACACCCAAGGAGCAAGUGGAAGAAGGAUAGCCAGGAGCUCAUCAGACGUCAGCCAUCUGCACAACACCAAAAUAACAGACUUGAUCAGAAGGAACGCGGUGCUUGAGGACCAGCUUGGGGCCGCACUGGCGAGCAAAGAGCAGGCGGAGAAGAGCCUGUCCUUGGUCAUGAGUGGUAGGGAGCAGCUGGAGAAGAGGCUGGCCAGCAGGGGGGAGGAGGCCGAGCUGCUCAAGGAGAAGAUAGCAGGCUUGGAGUUGGCACAAGAGGAGUCCAACAGCCUGUCUAACGCCGUGCAUGCCGACAAUGUGCGCCUCGAGCGGGAAGUGGCGUUCCUCAAGGCCGUCGCGGAUGAGACCCGAAAGGAGAUGCAUUCCACCCGCAGGGCUUUGGCGGGAGAGCAGUCGCGGGCGUUCCAGCUACAGGUGGAGGUGUUCCAUCUGAAGCAGCGGCUGCAGACGGCGGAAGGGAGGUCCCUAACGCCGAGGAAACCUCAUAAUCCUUAGUAGGCAAAAAGAAAAGGCGGGGCGAAUUCAUGAUCAUGUACCUAUACUAAAUCUAUGGGAUGUGGUCUGUAAAUUGGCUUGUACAUCAAUUUUAUAGUUGAGCGCCCUAUAUGUAAUGUAACAAUAGGUUUUGUGUGUGAACCGUUGAGCUGCUUGCAUUCAUAUUCAAAGAGUGGCUGUAGAUAAUCGACUGAGAGCAACUGUUGAUGAUUGACAGCUUAAUAACUGAAGUAAUUUACAAAUGCA